CGUUGUCCGCAGAUUGCGAUGACAAUCAAUCAGCCGGAUCUACUCUUCUCCGUCUCCGAAAGUGCCUCAUCACCCCAUCACGUGUUUGGGCGCUGCCAAGCACUCGGCUAAGAUGCCCAAAACAAUGCACGGCUGAAUCCACAGGCAUGGGCUAGAGCCAGAAUUUCGUGUGGGUUGAGGUGAGGACCCCUCUACUCGUACAGAAAACAACAAAAAGCCUGCGUUUUUCUUUCCCAUCUUUCGACACUCGACCUCCAAUACUGUUCUGUUCUGUUCUCUGCUGUCCUUUUUCUAGCAGCCAUUCAAAAUGAUCAUCUACAGGGACCUCAUUAGCGGAGAUGAGAUCUGCUCAGAUACCUCCAAGAUCAUCGACGCCGGCAAUGGCUUGUGGGAGAUUGAUGGCAAGAUGAUCAAGAAGGGUGCCGAGAACUUUGUUCUCGAGGGUGCCAACCCAUCUGCCGAAGGUGAAGAUGGCGAAGACGGUGGUGAUGACUCUGGCGACAACCAACCAGUCCUCGAUCUUGCCGACCAAUUCAGACUCCAGAAGUUGGAGGGUGGUAUGACCAAGAAGUCAUAUCAGAGUGAACUCAAGAAAUACAUGAAGGCCCUUACUGAGAAGCUGAAGGAGCUUGGUAAAUCCGAGGAAGAUAUCAAGAAAUUCCAAUCCGAGGCACCUGCUGCGGCCAAGAAGAUCCUUGGCAACUGGGACAACUACGACAUCUACCAGGGUGAAUCCAUGGCUGAGAACGGCAUGUAUGUUCUCGUCGACUUCCGUGAGGACGGUAUGACUCCCUACAUCACCGUCUGGAAGUGGGGUCUUGAGGAAUACAAGGUGUAAAUGUGAUCUUGGAACUCAACUUGGUGGUGACGUCCUUGGAGCGCUAGUGAGACGAUCUGAUGAAAAUGGCGAAUGCGAAACGAUAGCAUUUCACGGAGCAAGCAUAUCGAGAAAUAGAAUAUGCCAGGAAAUUGAAUGGUGUCGUGGUCA